GUCGCAUCAUUUACUUGACGGGAAAUGGUUUCACCUCGGCGAUGCUGAACUAACUUUAACCUCAAAACAAAUAACCAUUCUGCUCCGACUUUACACAAAUAUACGUCAAUUACACGCAAAAAUACUUCAUCCUUCUUUAUGUUGAAGAGGAUACGAAAUUUAACCAAAGGAUCUUGAAUUAUGUCCACUUCUAUUGAACUAUCUCCAAAUGUUGGCAAGUCAAAGGAAAAUCUACAUACUGCAUUAGAUGACCUAGAAGUUGCGUCGGUAAAUGAUUUUGAGUGUUUGACACUAAAAGGGAACGAUGAAACAGUGCUUGCACGUGCUGAUAAUUUUUUGUCGUACACCAAAAACGAACUCAUAGCGAUAAAAGAUGCACAUUUAAGUAAAAUUCGACCAGCAGCAUUGUCUGAUAGAUAUUGCAACAGAGAUGGUGAAUGGGAUCCUGAGCAAUGGUAUUAUUCAAAUGAAAGCGUGAAACGAAGUGCCUCGCCAAUUGACAAAAAGAAGAGUUACAUAUUUGAUGGUAUCAUACUAAGUCCUCAGGGACGUAGUUUUGCUGCCGGCUGCCAGGUAACAACUGGGAAAAAAGAUGAACAUUAUGGUGCUCCUAAGGAUACUAUUGAUGCAAGAAAGAAAGCGAACAGUCGCAGUCAGAGGAUGGGAAGCAAGAGGACGAGGCAGAAGCUCACCGAAAUUUGAUGGUGAAAGAAAAGUUGAUCGAAAUAACAUCAGGAAUGAGAGAAAAGAAUAUAAAGGAGGUAGAAAAGUUGACAAUAUUGAAUCACAGCCAGAAUGGUUCACUCACGGACCUAUAAGCCAGUUGGAUACUAUUGAAUUGAAAGGAUUUGAUGAUGAUGAGAAAAGUA